AUGCUUCUAUCAAAUGUUGCUGAGUUGGCCAAUGCUGUUGGCUCGGAUUCGUCCGUUGGUUUAUUCGGAUAUCCAAUAAUGAUUGUUUCACUUAUUGGAAUGUUGGGUUCUUUCGUCUUGUGGUAUGCAAGAAUGAUUUUUGGCAGUUUAUUGUUUAGAUGGAUGUUUUAUCAAUUAAAUUUGUCUGAUACUUGCAUUGAAUAUGCUUGGUUUAGUUUGUGGUUUUCACACCAUCCUUAUACCAAAAAUGGAAGUACUCAUGUUAAACCAUUCCAAAAAACAACCAAACUUAGAGUUAAUAGAACAAAUGAACCAAAGGAAGAAGACUCAAUUGCCACUUCCAAUAUUUCAGAAAUGAUUUCCAAUUUGAAAGUCAACUUUGUUCCAAGUUAUGGAAUUCACAUCUUGUACAGAAAUUCUGAACCACUCAUAGUUUCCAUUUCCAUUAAUACCAAUCAAAAUAAUAAUGCCUACAACACAGAGGAGAAAACUCGUGAAGAUAUUGUCAUUUGGAAACCAAGACAUUUCCUCACUGAUUACCUUAUCAAAUUUUUAUUUCCAUGUCAAGAUGGAGUGAACAAUUGUAAUUCAGUAAUUGAUAUGUUGGAAAAGGCAGGAGUUGCCAAAGAGUUCCUCUCCUUUAAUCCAACCUAUCCUCAAUCUAUUGAGAAUGCCUACUCUGUAUUUCGUUGGGUUUGGGUUUUGGGUUUGGGUUUGGGUUUGGGUUUGGGUUUGGGUUUGGGUUUGGGUUUGGGUUUGGGUUUGGGUUUGGGUUUGGGUUUGGGUUUGGGUUUGGGUUUGGGUUUGGGUUUGGGUUUGGGUUUGGGUUUGGGUUUGGGUUUGGGUUUGGGUUUGGGUUUGGGUUUGGGUUUGGGUUUGGGUUUGGGUUUGGGUUUGGGUUUGGGUUUGGGUUUGGGUUUGGGUUUGGGUUUGGGUUUGGGUUUGGGUUUGGGUUUGGGUUUGGGUUUGGGUUUGGGUUUGGGUUUGGGUUUGGGUUUGGGUUUGGGUUUGGGUUUGGGUUUGGGUUUGGGUUUGGGUUUGGGUUUGGGUUUGGGUUUGGGUUUGG